CAAGGCCGGACCUAGAAGCAGCAAUCAACUGUCGACUAUAUACGCCGACCGCUGGCGAGACGAGCGUGCAGAAUAUUGUUGUGAGCCGGCCAAGCGUCGCCAUGCGAGCGUCGAUGUUUCUGAUCGCAGUUUGGGCGCUCAGCCCCCGGCGCCUCCCCUGGGGUGGUCUAGCGGGGGUGGCCGCCCAGCAGCAGGCCAAGAACACGCGCUACACCACCCGGUUCGAUUCCAUCGACGUUGAAGUCAUCCUCAAGAACGAGCGCAUCUUCAGGCGAUACAUGGACUGUCUGCUCGAUAAGGGUCGCUGUACGCCUGAGGCCAGGGAACUCAAAAGAUUGUUACCAGAAGCGCUGAAAACGGAGUGCCUGAAGUGCAGCGAGGUGCAGAGGCGGCAGGGAGCCAAAGUGAUGGCGUUCAUCAUCAAGAACAAGCGGCCCUCCUGGGAGCUUCUGCUCGCCAAGUACGAUCCUCAGGGCAUUUUCCGCGCAAAGUACAUGUAUAACGAGAACAACAUUGAAGCUGUGCUCAAGCAACUCGAGAGAGAGCAGCAGGGAAUCUAUGGAACCUAUUCGAGCACAAAUAGUACUACUAGCUCCAACUCAACUUCAAUACGAUAAUAAUGGCUGAAAACUGUUCUCACAGUACUGAACUUCCCAUAUUCCAUUCAUCAGAACUGUUUCAGCAGAAAACUGUUUACAGUACACAGUACAUAAUCUGUUCAACAGUACUGUUCUGUUCACAUCACUGUACUGAAUAACUGUUCACAGAUGAAAACUGUU